AUGAAUUGGAAAAUUUUAGGGGACUUUAUUAGUUUAAUCAUUUAAACAAACUUAUCACCUUCCCUAAAUAAUUAGUUUUUUACUAGUUUUCAGAUUACAUUUUAUUACUUGUAAUUAACAUACUUUUUAGUGAGUGAAAAUCAUGAAUACAUUUAUCGUUUGAUAAAUACUUUAUCAAGAAUUAGUUUAAUCACUCCAAUAUUUAUAGAUUCAUAUUCCAUAAAUAUGUUAAUAGGAAUAAUCAUAAUUUUGAUAAAUAUUGUACCUUACAUCAUUAUUACAUACAGAAAGAUUACUAAUAAAAAUAAUAACAUUUCUAAAAGUAUUUUGCAAGUAAGAAUAUAAUAUAUAUUAAAGAUGUCAACAAUGAUUGUCAAUUAUUAUUUUCUUUAUUUUUCUUGGUUUUUAUAUUUACCAUAACUUUACUACGUAGGUUGGAAUUACAUCUAUUCAAGUGCUUCACUUCUAAUUCUAGCAUCAAUAGUAUUAAUACUUACAAUUCUAAGUCUUAUUAUUUCAAAUGUCUAUUUUAUUAAUUUUGAAUUCAACGAAUAACAUUUAAGAAAACAUUUUUCUUAUAGUGAUUUAUUAGCAUAAUUAUUAAUGAUACCAAUGGCUUUAUUAUACUUAAAUAAUGAUACAACAACUCAACUUAUUAGUAGGAUAUUACAUGGUUUAAUAUUAAUUAUUCAGAUAUAUGAUGCAUAUUUCUCAUUGCCCUUAGGGUAAUAUAUUUAUUUAAUAAAUAGAUUUUCAGCAUCAGGUUUAAUAUUAAAUAGAGCUUUAAUGACACAUUCAGUAAUUUUUACAUUUUCAUCAAUUAAAGCUUUAAGCACAGCUAGUCCUUAUAGCUUAGCUACAAUUAUGUUGAUAAUGCAACCUGUAGUUUAAUAUUUGUUUUAAAUUCUAUUUGAGAGUAAGAGAUCAAAUGUCUAUAUAUCUAGCAAUAUAACUAAAAAUUAAUAUUAUGAUUUACUUUAUAUAGAAGAUUUUUUUGAAUUAAGUUAAUUAGCAUAAAAAAAUAAAUAAAUUGAAAUUGAAUUUAUUUAAAAAUUAGUAUUACAUACAAAUAGAUGUAAUUCAACAAAAUGUUAAUGUAGAAAAAUUGAACCUUCAAAAAUUCUAUAAUUUAAUUAAAUUGUUAUAAUGAUAUCAUGUUUAUUUAAGGGUAGUUUUGAAAAAUAUAAACAUCAUUAAUUAAAUUUAAGAGUAUUUGAAAUUUUUAGCCUUAAAUUUUUAACAUUUAUAAAUAAAUAUAAACAUAAUGCUCCAAAAAGUUAUUAAGAAUUAAAGAUUUUAUUUUAAAAAAAGAGAGAUUAUUCAUUUUAUUUUAUUUAAAUGUGUCUUGUAUUAUAAUAAAUACUAUAAGCAUAAUUAAGAAAGGAUGAAGACUAUAAUAUUAAUAAAGAUACAAGAGUUUCUAAUGUUAAAUUAUAAGUAAGUAAAAGUGAACAUAGUAUUGUUUAAGAUCUAUAUUAAAUGGAAUAAGUUAAAAAUAAUAUUAUACCAUUAUUAUUAUAAGUAGGAUAAUUUAAAUAAUAAUUUUGGAAAUCUUUUAAAGAAGGUAAAUUUUCAGAAUAUUCUUAAAUUGAGAAAGAAGUUAGAAAAUUAUAAUAAUUGCGAGAUAAUCUAAUAUUAUAAUUUAAUGUAUAUUAACCAAUAUUUUAUCAUAAUGGUAGAACUUUUAAUGUUUAAUUCUUAAAAUUUAAUGCAUUGAUUAAUUUACUAUUAUUUAAUAAUUUAAGAAAGUAUUUUGAAUUGGAAAAAGGUAAAUAAUAUAAUUAUUAAUAUAAUAGAAAGAAAAGAAAUUUUACAAUUUGAGAAAAGUAUGAAUUCAUUUGAAAUAACUAAUAUUAAUUUCUUUAAAGGUGAAGCAAUAUCUGUAAAAGUUUGUAUAGCAUUUGGACCCAAUAUUGGAAAAGUGAUGAAUAAAGUUAUUUCUCCUUUGAUUCCAAAAUUCUUUGGAUUUGGUCAUUUUUAACAUCCACUUAAUUCAUUUAUUGAUUAUACUAAAGGUAAUAUUAAUCAAUUAAUGCCUGCUUGGCUUGAACCAGUUCAUGAUGAAAUGAUGCAAAAUUAUAUAAGAAGAGGUGUUACAGCAAGAAUUGGUAAAUAUUUUUAAACAUUUGCUAAAUUAUAUGAUAAAACAUUAAUAAAAUGUUAAGUCUAUUUGGCUCAUAAUUUUAGUUAAGAAUUAGAAGAUGAUUUUACAAUGAUAGGAUGUCUUAAAUCACUUGAAGAAGAAUAACCUAAAUUUAUAGGGGAUGAUGGAAAACGAUUGAAAAAUGUAGCAUUUAAAGGGUAUUAGUAUGUAUUAUUUGAUUUGAAUGGAAAUAUUAUGGGGAUUACUAGAGGUAUAUAUAAAAUGAUAGAAAAAAUGUAAAGAUUAGUAGUAAAUAAAGGAACAUAUCAUGAAAUAGAUUAACUUAAAUCUAGUAAUAAUAUAUCAAAAUCUGAUAAUUCUUCAUAAGAAUCUGAAAGGUAAAAGUAAUUUAUAUGAUAAGUUAUAAUGCAUUUGAUUAAAAAUGGUCCAAUAUUGAAUUAUCAAUUGAUGAUUUUUAUGGGAAAGUUUUUAUAUGGAUGAUAUUACCAUUUAUUUCUAGAGAAAUAGAAUCAACAGGAAUAGAAUUUUUAAUGAAUGGAUAAACACCUCCAAAAAAUAGAUAUUAAAAUUUAACUGAUUUAGAUAUUAGUAAUCUUUUAGUUUAAAAUAAAGAAACAUAUUUAUUUAUUCCAGAAGAUAUUAAUUUAUUUGUAUAAUAAUAUGAAAAAAUACUUUAAAAGAUUGUUGAUGAUGUAAGAGUGUAAUCAAAUAAUUUUUCAUCAGGUAGUGCAUAUAAAGCUUAAAAAAGUGAUUAUUAAGAGAUAGAUUAAUUCAAUACAGUUACUAUUUUUAAUGAAAAGUUAUGUGUAUUCUUUUAUGAUGAACAUUUAAAAAGACAUUAGACAUUAAAUUUUGGUUAAACAAGGUAAUCUGAAAUGGUAAAAGUGUAAGGUAAACCAUCAUCACGAUCAUCCAUAUAAGAAAAAUAAUCAUCAAAUAGCGAAAGUUAAGAAGAUAGUGAAUAACUCAAAACAAGAGCAGAAAGAAUAUAUUAAGAUAGAUAUUCAAGAUAUAUAGAAAAGUUUUCACCUUAAGAUUUUCAUCCUGUUCCAGUUAUGUAUUCAGUAAGUUAUGAAGAAUAUAGAUAUAGAAAAAAUGAAAUUGAUCACAAAUAAUAAAUAUUUGUUGUUGAAUUAGUUGUUAAUGAAUAAUAAUUACUUAAUACAGAAAAGGGAUAUAGAAGAUAAUUAAGAGAUACAAUUAAAUAAAUAUAUCAAAAUUAUUAAUCUAAAAAAUAAUUAUUAGAAUAAUAAACUGAUGAAGAAGAUUCUAUAAGUGUAUAAGCUAAUUUUAGUGAAUAAAAAAGUGUACAUGAUAAAGAAAUAACAAAUUAUUAAUUUCCUUCUCAUCCUUCACAUUAUUUUGAUGAUGCAUUUUUAUUUGAUAAUAAAGAAGUUUUGAUUACUGAUUAAAUAUUUAGUCCAAAAUAAGAUGAUAAGGGUGACUUUUUUUUAUUAAGUAAUAGAUCAAAAUAAAGUAAACCAUUAUUAGAAGUAACUGAAAGAAAUAGUAAAGACAGUAAUAGAAAGAAUAAAGCAUCUAUAUAAUCAGAACAUAGUGUAGGUGAUGCAUAAUUUAAAGGAUCAAAACUUAAUAUCACAGAAAAAGAAAUAGCAUAAAGUGUUUUUAUUAAAUUUAGUUAGAGAAAGAAAUAAUAAGAAUUUUAUAAUGAAAAUGAAUCUAAAUUACCUUAAGAAAGUAAAGAUUCUUAAUAAUAAAUAUUUGAAGAAUAUUAAGUAAAAUAUACUGAAAAUUUAAAAUUAUUUGAAACAUAAUAUAAUUUAGUUUAAUCCUAAUUAAAUAUUAUUAGCAAUCCAUAUUCAUAUAGAAUAUAAAAAUAUUUAUUUUCAGCUACUUUUAUUUUGAUAAUUUGUUUUAUUAUACUCAUUUCAACAUCCACUUAAGGAUAAUAUGAUUUGACUAAUUGUCUUAAUUUAAUUGAAUUAAUGAUUACAACUUAAACUUCAUUUUCAUAAAUUACACAUAGUUUAUAUCGAAAUGAAAUUACAAAUCAAUUAUAAAUUAAAGAUAUGGAAAUAUUGAAAUAAUUUUAUAAUAAUUAAUUCUUUGGUUAACUUCAAGAAUUAAUAAAUAUUUAAAAUGAUUAUGUAAUUAAAAUUAAUUAAGCUAACUUAAAUGUUGAAUAAUUUUUUGAUAUCGAAAAUAGAAUUUUAAAAAAUAUAACUUUAUAAGAAGUUAUUUAAUUAAGUCUCGGAUAAUUCUAUAAACUUAAAUAAACUAAUAAUAAUCAUUCAUUUAUAGUCGAUUCUUCUAUGACAUUUUCAUCAGUUGCUAAUCUCAAAGAAAUUGGAGAACUUCCUUAAAAGGCUCAUCAAUAAUGCUAUUAAGAAAAUCUUAAUGAUCAUUAAUACUCUCAAAAUAUACUUAUUGUUUAUAUGGUAAUUACUUUUUUCUUAGUAAUGAUGUUAUAAUUUACUUAAAUUCCUCUUAUUUCAAAAUUAAGGAGAAAUCACAGAACUCUUUAUAAAGAAAUCAUUAAACUAUAACCUUUAGAAGUUAAUGAGGAAAUUGAUAUUUAUGAUGGUGUAGUCAAUAUAUUCAAAAGAUCUAUUUAUGAGUGGAUGCUGAUAGAUUUUGUAUAAGAAACAUAAAUGUUUGAUAUUAAUAGACAACGAAAAUCUAUUGCUCAUACUCCUGGAUUAUAAAAAAUAAAUAAUCCUGAUCUCGGAUAAUCUUCUAAUUCAAAUAAAAAAAAUACAAAUAAAUUAAUGGAAAAAUUAAAAAAAUCUAAAAUGAAUCAAAAUAAAUACAUAUCAAUAUUAAUGGCUGGACUACUUGUAAUUUUAGCAUAUUUCCUAGUUGUCUUUCUUAUAAUUUUUAUGCUAUCCAAAGAUAUUAUUUCUAACAUUGAUACUAUAUUCUAAUCUAAAUUGGCACAAUCUUCAAUUAUUAAUUUAAUUAAUAAUGUAGAUUUAUUAGCUUAUUCAACUUUAUCAAAUAAUAUUUAUGAUAACAUUAUGAAUAUCAGUUAAUUUUAAACUUACUCUGAAGUUUUAAGUGAUAAUUCAACUGAUAUGUUUUUUGAAAAAUAUAAGAAUUAAUUACUUUCAUCUUUUGUGGAUGAAUCAUUAUAUAAUAAUUUUAAUAUUUUAAAUGAAAAAAACAUUUGCACACAAGAAGUAGGUAUUGAUUGCUCAUUAACUGAUGCUAUAUCUUUAAAUCCUGGAAUUAUUGCUAAUUAUGAAUAAGGAAUGAAAUCUCUCUUAACUUAAGUAAGUACAAUUAUAGCCCAAUAUCCAUAAUUUUAUGAGACUGAUAAUAUUUAAAAUUCUGAAUAAAUUUUAAUUGAGUUUUACAAUAAUUAAUAUCAUAUCCUUUAUAUUGAUUAUGGUAGUGAAAUUUUGAUUAAAGCAUAUAAAUAACUCAUUAGUAUUGAAAAAGAUUUAUUUAAUUAACUUUUAGAUGUAUAUAAAAAAUUAUUGCUCAUAUUUACAUUAAGUGUUGGUCUAUUUGGAUUGAUUAUUAUUUUAUUUUUAGGAAAAUAUUUACUGAAAAUGUAAAAAGAUUCAAUAGAUACAUGCCUAACAGCUUUAUUACUUGUAUCUCCUAAAAGAUAUUUAAGUAAAUAAUUAGGUUUGGUCAUUUAAAAGAAAUUAUGA